AUGACGGUUUCAUACACCCUCAAAGUAGCGGAGGCCCGCUUCGGAGGCUUCUCCGGCCUGCUUCUCCGUUGGAGGGGAAGCAUCUACAAGCUCCUCUACAAGGAGUUCCUCGUAUUCAUCGCCCUGUAUGCUCUGCUCAGCAUCACCUACCGGCUGUUGCUGACCCAGGAACAGAGGCUUGUGUAUGCUCAGGUGGCCCGAUACUGCAACCGCUCUGCAGAACUCAUCCCCUUGUCCUUUGUACUAGGUUUCUACGUGACCUUGGUGGUGAACCGCUGGUGGGCCCAGUACACAAGCAUCCCACUGCCGGACCAGCUGAUGUGCGUCAUCUCGGCCAGCGUGCACGGCGUGGACCAGCGCGGCCGCCUGCUGCGCCGCACCCUUAUCCGCUACGCCAACCUCGCGUCGGUACUGGUGCUGCGCUCGGUCAGCACCCGCGUGCUCAAGCGCUUCCCCACCAUGGAGCACGUGGUGGACGCAGGUUUCAUGUCCCAGGAAGAGAGGAAAAAGUUUGAGAGCCUGAAAUCUGACUUCAAUAAGUACUGGAUCCCCUGCGUCUGGUUCACCAACCUGGCGGCCCAGGCCCGGAGGGAUGGGCGAAUCCGUGAUGACAUUGCUCUCUGCCUGCUCCUGGAAGAGCUGAACAAGUACCGGGCCAAGUGCAGCAUGCUGUUCCACUAUGACUGGAUCAGCAUCCCCCUCGUCUACACCCAAGUGGUGACCAUAGCAGUAUACUCCUUCUUUGCCCUCUCCCUGGUUGGCCGCCAGUUCGUGGAGUCAGAGGCAGGGGCUGUGACACCUCAGAAGCUUCUGGAGCCAGGGCCAGCCCUGGGGGACCUGGACAUGUACGUGCCUCUCACCACUCUGCUGCAGUUCUUCUUCUAUGCUGGCUGGCUCAAGGUGGCAGAACAGAUCAUCAAUCCCUUUGGUGAGGAUGAUGACGACUUUGAAACCAAUAAGCUUAUAGACCGCAACUUGCAGGUGUCCCUGCUCUCCGUGGAUGACAUGUACCAGAACCUGCCACCUGCGGAGAAGGACCCAUAUUGGGAUGAAGACUCGGCGCAGCCGCCCUACACUGUGGCCACUGUGGCCGAGUCACUGCGGCCUUCCUUCCUGGGUUCCACCUUCAACCUGCGCGUUAGCGACGACCCUGAGCAGAGCCUGCAGGUGGAGACGUCCCCUGGGCCAGCCCGGCCAGUGACUGCCACGCAGACCCCGCUGCUCAGCCGCUUCCUGGGCGUAGGAGCGCCCUCGCCAGCCAUCAGCCUCCGGAACUUCGGCCGCAUCCGAGGAGCCCCCCGGACCCCUCACCUGCUGCGCUUCCGGGCCGAGGAGGGCGGCGACCUCGAAGCCGCGGACCGCAUCGAGGAGGAGGCGUCGGGGUCAGGGGACGAGGCUCAGGAGCCCUAA